CUGCUUUUGUGUGUAUUUAAGGUGUUUUUGUGGCAUGAAAUAUUUCACAGCAACACAUCACACUCAUAUAUAAAUUUUGAUGGCAUCGAGCUCGAUGGCACGAGGGUCGUCGUCGUCGUCGUGGACGGCUAAGCAGAACAAGCAAUUUGAGGAGGCAUUGGUGACGUACGACAAGGAUACACCCCAGCGGUGGCAUAACAUUGCAAGAGCAUGUGGGAAAACGGUGGAGGAAGUGAGGAGCUACUAUGAGGCCUUAGAGAAAGACAUCAGCAACAUUGAAACUGAUCGAGUACCUAUACCUAAUUACACUCCCAUCUCCACUACAAGAGGAUACGCCAAUGACCACAGGCUUGUGAUGAAGAAUCUCAAACUGCAGUGAUCAACUUCGUACAGUGUUAUACAAGUGUGCAACACUUGUGAACAUUACAUAUAUAAUUGCAUGUAUCAUUUUUCUUUUCUGUACCUUUUCCAGAUGUGUGGGCAUUCGCAUCACCAUGUAAAAAGCCCAACUCCUUAUUUAUAUAUAUAAAAAAAAACAUACUUCGUGUUUA